AUAACUUGAGUUGGCUAGGAUUAACAAAAGUGUGCAAAACACUGGCACUCAGGCCUUUAUAAUUUUUGAACAUAGAGAAUUUUUCCCCAACAGUAAUCUGAGCAUGCAACCUUGUAUCUUUUACAUUAUUAAAAAAUAUAUUCGAAAAACUUGUCGUCAGUAGGCCAAUGUACUUUAUUGCUCCUGGUGUCAGCAUGGAGGUAUAAUACCUCCAGGGUACAUUCCAAUUUCAAACGCUUUUGAAAACGUAUUACAGUUCUUAAAAAUCAAUUGAAGUCUUUGUAUAGGCAUUUUUUUUUGUUUGAUCUGUGAUUUGACGUAUUUCAAUCAACUAUAGGCCUAUUCAAAUUUGCCUAUUGUUCAGUUUUUCCCCAUGUAUCGUCUCGAAUCAUAGAUUUCAAAUCUACGUCACUGCGUAUGUUAACAAAAAACACGACAUGCUAACAUCCCGGCCACUAUAAGCCUCAUUUCUAUCCGAUUUGCGUAAUUGAACUUACAGCUAUUCGUACCACCGUAUGACGCACUAAUGCGUUUUGAAAAAAAACAGCAAUGAAGCAUUGGGGGCACACUUUUUGAAACUCUACUAUCGUCGGGUAAGGAAUACGUUUUACAUUGUCUUUACUGACUGUGGACAUUGAAUUAGAUUUGGCAGAGGGGCCUACUAUGUAUACUUUUACUGAUACAUUUUGAGACAAGGUAGACUGUAUUUGUAAAUUGAAGAUGGAAGGGCAAGUCGAAAUAAGUCCAACAUGGAACACUGUUUAUUCUAGUGAGCCUGUUUCAUCAGGGAAUGUUAAUCAAUCUGACGAACAAUGCUUUCCAACUGUUGACUGUGAGGAGAAAUGGAAAAUCCCAGGGAGCUCAGUGGUGACGUUUUCGCAGAAAGUAAGCAGUCAAGAGAUCGAUAGCUUACAUAUUAAUGAUGGGCAAGAUGAUUACACACUUCCAGGAAAUAAUGUUCCUAAUAACAAUAUUGCAAUGAAUAAUCUAUCAGGUUUUACUCGAGAGUUAGGUCACAAUCAUGUACCCGGUGUAUAUUCCGGGGGUAAUCUUGGACAGGCACAGCGGGAAUUGCCAGCCUUAAUGCAGGAGGAACUGGUGAUGCCGUACGCAUACUCGUCCAGAGCACAACCAAUUACAAAGAAGGGACAUUCCAGUGGGUCAAAUUAUUGUGCAGAAUGUGGGAAAACUUUCACAAGCACACGCAGUUUCCGUAGACAUAAGUCGAUCCACACAGGAGUAAGGCCGUUUAAAUGUAAAGACUGUGGGAGAGCCUUUUCCAGAAAAGAUAGUGUACUUGCACACGAGAGACGGCAUCGUAGAAAAACAAGUCAUUUCCGAUUUCAGUGUCUACAGUGUGGAAUUAGCUUCUUGACUAUUUUUCAGUUAAAGACUCAUGAGCAGAAGCAUACAUCACUAGCUAGCUCUUCUGGUCAAAAUGUAGCUCAAGUGGAUAAUGCCAGUUUGAAUGACCCUCAAGGGUUUUCGAUACCUAGUCCAUACACAUUACCAGAUCCUAGAAACUCAACGAGUAGCUUUGGAAACAUGUAUCAGACUAUGGUCAGUCCAGCGCCUCCAGCUAGUAUCUUGUCCGACCGAAAGGUACAUAAAUGCCCAUUUUGCCGGAGGCUCUUCACUAAACAAUAUGCUAUGAAUUUACAUAUGAAGACCCAUAUGGUUGUGUUCAAUUGUGAAUAUUGUGGGAAGGUAUUUCGAUUCCGGCGCAACAAACAGACCCACAUUCUAAAAUUUCAUCAUAAACUACAGUGUGCACAGUGCCAGAAAAUCUUCUCAAACACGGAUGCACUGAGAAGCCACCAACUUCUCAAGUGCAACUUUAACGUGAAUGAGUUGCUUUCACUUUAUAGUGGCCAGAAUCAAAUGAAGUCAUAUGAUACGUCUCAUACAAUCGUGCAUUGCAAAUGUGGAAGGUCUUUUUUUAAUAAGCUUGACCUUAAGGAGCAUUCUGAUAUUUGCAAACAUCAAGCUGAUGACAACGGGAGGGUGAACUCGGAGAAUUCACCCUCUAAUGGACAACAAACAAGUGAGGUUUGUUCCAUGGAAAAUACAAUUGAGAAUUGUGAUAGUACAGAGGUAUGCAAUCCAGUACUGCAGUGUAAUGUCUGCUCUUCAAGACUAAAAAAGCCAAGAACUUUGCCUUGCACUCACUCGUUCUGCCAUGAUUGCCUUGAGAAUAAUUGCCUAGGCAAGACUAAAUGUACCUUAUGCUGUCCAACAUGCCAGUUAGUUGUCGUGGUUCCAGACGGUGGUCUAGAACAUUUGCAAGCUAACCAGAUGAUCAGUACUUUGCUAUCGGAAGUCCAGAAUUCAGAACAACAAAUGCAUCCUCUUUGUAUUGUAUGUGAUGUGAAUGCUAGUCAUCACUGCCAACAAUGUGAUGCCUUUAUCUGUAUAAAAUGCUCUGCAGCACAUCUCAAGCUACCUGCCACUAAAGAUCACACUCAAAUCUCUUUGACAGAGUAUAACACUAAGGAUCCAAGAGAAAGAAUGGCAGCGGCAGUAGUCAUGUGUAAGGAGCAUGAUAGUCCAUCACAGUUUUUCUGCAACAGCUGUCACAAACUAGUUUGUGUUGGAUGCACCCUGGUGGAUCAUCCGAAAGGAAGUGGACAUGAGAUCAUAGAUCUUAGCUCCGCCUUUGAAUCUUUCUGCACAGCCACUGAACCAAUGAUCAGUGAAUGUGAAAAACUAGAGAAACAGUUGAGCUCUGCAAUGAACGAGAUAAAGCCAAUGCUUCAAAUUGGGCAUCAGCUUCGAUAUAAGUGUAGAGAGUCGAUCCAGGCAUAUGUUGCAAAAUUAAGGGCAGCUUUGGACAAACUACAAGAAAAACUGUUACUUGAAGUGGACGACUUAACCACUGCAAAACAAAUGGCCAUUGACAGCCAAUUAAGUUUUUUUCAAAAAGAACUUGAAGAUGUCAAAGGAACCAGGCUUCUUGCUAACCAGUUAAUCACAAGCCCGAACAAAGCGCUGGCUCUCACAUCGACCCUCGAUGUAUCCAAACAUCUCAAAGAUAUUCUGGAAAAAUCGCCACCAACCUCAAACUUUGUAAAAAAACUGAUGUUCAUACCAUGUGAAGAUCUCUUAGAAGUGAUUCUGGAGAAAGGAAUUGGGUUUUUAAAGGAAACAGAAGAGUCAGAAUCUGAAGUAAAAGAAUGUAAUGAUAAAAUAAUGGAGCUCUACACAUGCUAAUGCAGUAUUUGCAAUUCAGGCUCUGGAUUUAUAGGUCGUGAGCUCGAAUCCCAUUUUAUCUGUAUUAUAUAUUUAUAUAUCACUUGUUGUUCUGAAGCGAAGUUGUUUCUAAUCUGAUAAAAUGCAACAAAUCAUUCUACUUAGAACUGCAGUUAAAUUCACAGUCUUAUUAUUAUUAUUGUAGUUUGCCAAUUAUACGUAUUUAUCCUGUCUUAAAAAUUAAACAGGGGGCGCACUAAUGGACCUUUUCGUUAAGUCCCACCACUUGGAUGUUAUUGCUAAGAUCCCACUAAAAUAUUAUAUUGUUGGCGUACGUAACACGUGCGUUUGUGGGACGCACGUGUGUUUGUGGGACAAGUGCGUAUUAGCGAUAUUUUGAUUGGUUUGAUUGACACUCCGGGAAAGUCAAUUUCAUGCUCAAUGUGCAGCAUUUUUACUAAGAUAUUGUACGCAAUGACAAUCAGUACUGACUUAUUUAUUAUGCAUGAUCAAAUCUGAAUACAUUUAACCUGGAUAUUCUCUGAAUAAGCCCUGACUAAUUUGCAGAAUAUGUAGGCCUAUUAUUGUAAGAAUUUGCUAUUUUGGCUCAACACAGAUUCAGCAUUUACUAUUUGGAAAUUCUUCUUACAGCACAGCAUAUUCAUGGUUGUGUACUGAAAUUGAAGAAUUGUCUCCAAAGUUCUCAGUGACCAUAAUAUCACCUUUUCCUAAACAUAACCAUAUUGGUUUAUAAAAGUAAAUUGCCUAAUUAAGGAAAAGCAAUACAAUACAGUAGGCAUAUUUUAAGUGCCUUGUAGAUUGCUUGUAGGUUGCAUUUUUGUUUAUCAAACAAAUGUAUAUUUUAUAGUUUAUGAAAUGGUUAUAGGUUAAAUAAAUUGUUAUAUGUUGUUAUGUAUUUUAAGGCUUAUAUUAUUAGUUUGGCUUAUUCGUUGUAAUUACUGUUUAAGUGUUGAAUUUAAAUAUGGAUUUUUAAUGUUAAUUCUGUGAUAGAAGCAGUCAUCAUGAUAGAGAAUUUAGUAAAAUUGAUAAAUUAAUUUUAAAUUAUCUAUAACAAAUGUAAACAUUGGACUUCUCUGAAGUUUCAAUCAAACUUAAUAACUGGCCGUGGUAAAUUAAUAGCCAAGAUAUAUAACACGACAGCUUAAAACAUAUGUAAACUUGAUUCUGGGACAUCAAAAAUCAAGUUCAAGUUUUUUUGGGACUUUAGAAACAAUAUCAGAAUGCUGGGCUAUCGUAGAAAUGUCCAGUGUAUUGUGUAAAUUGAAGCAUUAUGUGUCCAUACUGUUUUCUGGAGGUGUGUGAAACAGCAGCAAAGCUGUAUAUUUCCAAUUGAUAGAUCUGGUUUUGAACUGAUGUUGAAUAUUGAAAACUUUUUUUUUUUUUUUUUUUUUUUGCAAGUACUCUACUUAUUUCUUUGUUGUAAAAUUAUGGGUGAAGAUUUUUUGAGCACACUAGCUUCUGUGUUCGGGUUUAUGAUUAUUGUGUUGCUUCGGGAUGGGCCGGUUGGUUCUGGAUGGGAAAUGUUCUCCAUUCAGUGUAGUAUAAGUUGGUAACUAGUAGAUUUUAAUGCCAAUGGCUGACAACUGUAUAAAUUAUUGAAUUACAUUGCUCUCCUGAGACCUGAAUUGUUUCAUGUUUAAUCCAAUAAUGACCAAGUUAAUGUAAAUUGCCCAUUGGAUUGGAUUUAUUUAGUGUAAACACCAAGAAUAGCCCAUGAAUGUCUAGAAGACUUAUUUCCAGUGGGGUCCUUCUGGUUGUGAUUGGGCAGUACACCGUGAGACAAUCCCCUUACUCUUUUCCGAAGAGUGACGGCGUUCUUUAACGUGCACAUGGACCAAAAAUGCACACGGGACCAAGACGAUGCGCUACUGUAACUUGUAUUUAGUCCUCAAGCUGAAACACAAGGACAGGCAGCGAUGGGAAUUGAACUGGGGACGUAGAGAUCUUCACGGUUCAGCGCACACACAGUAGCUACCACCAGAUUAGCAGGCUGAUUUAAGCUCCUCUCAAAUGGCCCUCGCAAUAAUACGUUCUAUAAGAAUGAUAUUAUCAUUAUCUAAUAGAAAGAUUAUACGUUAAGAAAACAUUUGUUUAUUAAAUAUUAAUGCUUUUGAAAUUGAUUAUAAAUGGGGUUUAAUUAAUUAUCUUGUAAAUUAACGUUUUAAUUAGUAAAAUGAUAAGCCAACCCAAUAUAUUAUUACUUACCAACACUUUGACUAAUGUAUUAAAAUUAUUAUUAAUUUGCUUGCACCUAUGAUUAUCUUAUCACUAAGCGCAUCCAGUGGUGGAGAAAGGGCCACUCGCCUAUCCAGCAGCAGCAACAGUAAUCUUCUAACCAAAGUGUCGUUAAUAGGGCCUAUUGCUAAUAGGCGGAAACUCGGUGAAAAAUCUGGACUUCCACAAUACAAACAUUAUGAAUACAUUGCAGAUUUGCUUCACUGAAAGACUUCACCGAAAAUAGGAGGCGAAUUGUUCAUGCUCAAUCGCUGUCACUUACUGUAUUAUUACCUUUGAUAUCUGACAACAAUCACACGCUGUAGGACUAAGGUGGUUUUGAAAACUAUAAAGCAAUUGAAAUCAAUGCACGCUAGUUUUUGUUUGAAAUUGUGAAACUUAAUCAACAUUCUAUUGUCCAAAUACUUCUGUAUCAUCGAGUUAUUUUUUGACAUACCAUCAUGAAUAGAUUUCAGAUCUGCUUCAAUGCAAUUAGGAUGAUUUGCUCGAUUUUAUUGUCACUAUUUUUACCUUUUGCCACAACAGGACCAAACAGCACACGCACGUUUUUGUUCGGCUGUAUAAUCGUGAAUUAGUUCAUAUAAUGUUGACAUGCACCAUGAAUACAUUUCAGAUCUGCUUCACUGAAAUCUGGAUGACUUAUUGCCUUUUUGCUUUACAGAAUUUUCACAUUUUCCCACAAGCCAA